GAAAAUUGAUUCCAACUAUCGGCUGUACUUUUCUAUCAACAAAGUUAGCAUUAGCAUUAGCUACAGUUAGCACAACCGAUGUAGCUUGCUCUCCGGCAUACUUGUCUGAUUUACUAGCAUCUAAACAAUUCAUGUUUAUGUGUGUUUCUUCAGAGGAGAUAUGCCGCCGCAAGUGGAAGGGACUGAGAGAUACGUAUUUGAAAGAAAAGAAAAAGGAAAGAGAAAGAAAGAGUGGAUUGGCAGGGACAGGAGGAAAGCGGUGGAAGUACUCUGCGGUCCUCUCCUUCCUUGACCCCUUUGUCACCCCGAAAGAAACCAGUGGAAACAUGCGGGUGGGGGUCGAGGAAGAAGACCGGACCGCAGAGUACACACAGGAUGAGGGGCCAGUAGAGGACCAGGGCUCAAAUGCUGCAGCAGCAGAGCCAUCUGAUGUUGACAUGGGAGAUAUGCCUGAUCAUUCAUGUGACAGCAGUGAAGCAGAGCCAGCUCCUGCUGCUGCUGCUGCUUCUCCUGCUGCUGCUGCUGCAUCCACAGCAAUCCAACCACCCAGAGCAAGGAAGAGGACUAACAAGCGGAGUGACAGGACGGAAAGUGACAGGCGGUCAGAAAUUGAGGCGCUUCUUGUUGCUACUCUGAGGAGGCCGCAAGAACCUGCUCCACCUCCCCCUUCAGAUGAUGAGCUUUUCCUGAGAAGCCUGGUUCCUGCGCUGCAAAGAUUGUCACCCCAGCAGAAGGAAUUUGUAAAAUUUCAAAUACAUAAACUUAUUUAUGAGUCAAGUACUCUUAUCUUAAAUUUGGAACCUGUUGAAUAGGCUGCUGGGGUGACAAUCUGACAAUCUGGUGACAAUCAAAGCCUCACAGUGAUGUCUGCUUUUAUUGCAGUGUAGACAUGCCAAAUUAAGCUGUAUGACAACACAUUAAUAAAAUUUCAUGGAUAAAAAUAAAAA